AUGACUGCGCGGGGGGAAACGGCAGGCGAGAUUAUCUGCAUCCUCGAUGCAUUCGAUGAAUGUGCAAGUCAAGAACGGCAAGACCUUGCAAAAAUUCUGCGCGAAUUUUAUCGCCUCCGCGAUGAUACUAAAGGCACUAUCAAUUUAAAGUUCCUUAUCACCAGUCGUCCCUAUGAUACGAUCCGACGAGAUUUGGUCAGGCCUUUCGAUAUUCAAGAAUGCCCUGUAAUUCACUUGAAAGGCGAUGGCGAUGCCGAAGUGGAGAAAAUUGCUGGCGAGAUCAGCCUCUAUAUCAAAGACAGAGUCUCUCGCAUUCGAGCAAAUCUUGGUCUUACGCGAAAAGAGGAGGAAAUCCUUCUGGAAGAACUUGGAGCUAUCCAUAAUCAGACAUACUUGUGGGUUUUUCUCACUCUUGAAUGGAUUGAAACCGAAAUAAACAACAAGAUCAAUGAAGUCGAGAUACGCAAAGUCACUUCUACCCUUCCGCGGACAGUUGACGAGGCUUACGACAAGAUUUUAUCUAAGAGCACAGAUGUGGAAGAAACCAAGAAACUACUACAUAUUGUAGUAGCGGCUGAGCGGCCCUUGACCCUCGCGGAGAUGGAGCUGGCACUAGUAAUUCGACCGCAUCAUCGGUUUUACAAAGACUUGGCUCUUAGACCCAGCGAUCGCGUCGGCAAGUACAUCAGAGACCUCUGUGGUCUCUUCAUAAAUAUUACAGAUGAGAAAAUUUAUCUUUUACAUCAGACGGCGAAAGAAUUUUUAGUGUCCAACAACAAUGCGAACAGCCAAGAAUACAGCCCCGCACAACCAGAAGAGGUUCUUCGAAAAGGUCGCACCAGGAGUCUUACUUGGAAAUUCUCACUUAUACCAUCGGAAUCUCAUCGCAUUCUUUGCAAGAUUUGUAUUUGGCAUUUGCUCUUUACAGAGUUUGAAACUCGGCCGCCUUCAGGGGCAGCAGAUGUUCCCAAAUAUCUUUGCGAUCAUAUAUUCUUUGGAUACUCGGCAAAAAACUGGGCUUCACAUAUCCGACAGUCAAAUAUCACAGGAAAUGAAAUUCUAGAGCAAUUACAGCGACUUUGCAAUGCUACAUCCCAUCAUUGCCCGGCUUGGUUCACAAUAUAUUGGACAGACAUAUACACGGACUUUCCUUUACAGUUCACAACACUUAUGAUUGCCUCAUACUUUGGAAUUGAAAUUAUCGUAACCUUACAGAUCGAAUCAGAAAACGUUGAAAUAGAUUCUGUCGACGGAUCAUAUUAUCGUACGGCGCUCUCUUUUGCAUCGGAGAACGGAUUUGAUAGUGUUGUACGGUUACUAAUUAAAGGCCCCAAAUUUUAUGGGAAAAGGGCCGUCAAAAACGCGAUCCGUCUAUCCUUCGCGAGAGGCGCAGAUGUCAACCAAACAGACAGGGAUGGCCGAACAGCGUUAUUUUAUGCUGUAUGGAAUGGGCAUCUGACUAUUGUCAAGAGGCUACUUAAAGCAAGAGCCCGUGUGGACAUGACAAGAGGACAUAGCAACCAAAUUAAUGAGGGGGGCACAGCUAGUUCGGUAGAUGAGAUUCGCCGCAAACUGCUUUUGUCUGCCGUGAAGCGUCGCCACGACCCCGUUGUCAAGCGACUGCUCGACAGUGGGGCUGAUCCAAGAGUGACGGAUGACGGAGGCAUCAGUCUCGUCGCUUUGGCCACCAAACGGGAGAGACCGAAUAUUAUCGAGUUACUGAUAGAGAGGGGAGCUGACGCCAACAAGUGCGAUUAUAAAGAGAAAGGAGCUGAUAUAAAUAAAAGCGAUCAUAAUGGAAAACCCCCAUUAAUAUCAGCUGCCGAAGGGAGGGAAACAAACAUUGUUGAGUUACUGGUAGAGAGGGGAGCCGACGUGAAUAAGGGCGAUCGGGAUGGCAAACCCCCUUUAAUGUUCGCUAUGGAAAGAUGCGAUGAUCCAAUGAUUCCCCGGCUGGUUGAGAUGCUGCUGAAAGGUGGAGCGAGAGUGGAUUACACUUGUACGAACGUAUACCUGCCGGGUGGUACUUUCAAUGGCGAUGGGAACGAGAGGUAUCCUACUAUCAUUGAUAUCGCUACAGCUACAAUUGAUAAAGCUAACAUUGAGAUUAUAGCCUAUAUGCUGAUCUUCACGAAUCGGAUAGAUUGUGGCUGCAAGUUCACACCACUGGAAGCUGCCAAGAUUAAGAGAGAAAAUGAAAAUGCAGAGCUUAAGCGCCUGGAAGAAAAAAGGAGGAGCGCAUUGGAAAUUGACAGCAGGGAGGGAUUGCAUGAAAACAGAUUCAAUGCCGGCAUGAUUCGUCUCCAACUUGCGUUCAUCAACAGAAACAAUGCAAUCAUUCAGAUGUUGGAAGAUGCUAACAGAGCAAGAUAG